AUGGCGACGCUGACGCCGCAUGUGCUGCUGUACUUCGAUGUGAACAAGACGAUGAUUAUGCACGAUCCAGUGCAGGGGAAGACUCUACCGAACAUUGUGAACGAUCUGCUGACGGAACGGGCCUUGGGUCGCGUGAUCGACGAGGGUAGUGAUGAUUCCAAGUGGUUAUGGAAUGGAGAGAAAGUGUUGGACCUGCCUUCUUUUGACGCUCCAAGGGAAGACGGUCUAGUGUCGUAUGGUGCAUUUCUAAGAGCCAAGUUUUCCUUAUCAGGAGACCCCAAGAUCGCCAAGGAGAAUAAGCAUACGAGGAAGGUGCUACGUCAGGAUUUCACGGCUACGGGGAACCCUGGAGAGGGGUUGAAAAGCGAGCAUGAAGAACUGCUGCAGCACUUGCUACUACCUCGCACGGAAGCGAGCGAAACGCAGCUGAAGGAAUUGGGACUGGACGAGUCACCGCACUGCUUCAUCGUGCCGGCGUUUUUCAGAUUCUUGGAGCAUUUGCAGCAGAACGAGGUCAAGUUCAAUCUCAUCUUCAGAACUUUUGGCGACGACUUGCGUCGUGUGGCACAAGAGUUUAACUACUUUUGUGAAGGACGUCACCCAUGCUUCCCGUUGGCUAAGCCUAUGGAUGGAUCAGAUGGAGGAAUCGAUCGACGGAUUCAUCUUGAUGAAAUAUUGGACGGGGAAAUGCCUCGAUUCGGAACUUUUUUGCGCGCCGAGGGCACUACAGCUUUGGUAAUGGGCACCUUCGAACAGCCCACAACAGUCAGUGAUGCUGAGCCCCUUGAGUUUUACUCUACCCAAAGAGAAACCGUAAGGGUAGUGCAAGGACUACCUCAAAUCCACCAUCUUCUUACGCGACAUUGGCGAGAAUCGCAGGCGACGUUAGCUCUACGUGACUUCUACCCGCACUGGUUCCGCAAUAAAGAAGAUGCCUCCGCGGGAAAGCUUUUGGUGGUCGACCCUACGGAUCUUGCUGACGGUGUUCACGCAAUGUUCUUUGACGAUAACAUAUUGCCGCACGACGCACAUAUUGUCGACGCUCGAUUUGCACACAAUGAUUCCGCGCUGUCAUUUGAAGAAACGCGAGAGCUGCACUUGAUGCGCGUCGAGCCGCUUGACGUCAUCCAGAGGGAAACGUAUUUCAUCGAUCGCUUUGAAGCUUCUUUGCAGAGACGCACUACAUGUAGUAGUAUCCGAGAGCUAUCGUGAUCCUUGUUUACAUGUUAAUUAAGGAAAGAGCCCCAUGAUACUGUAA